AUGCCAUUCAAAAGCACCAAUAAAACCACACAAGAAGAAGAAGAAGAUAUCUCAGCCAAGCAAGUGUUGCAGACAACAAUAGUUGCAGAGCAGGCAGUGGUGCAAAGCGGGGACGACGAGCAACAGAGGAAGAAGGAGAAGAUGAGGGUGGUGGUGGCCAUAGACGGAAGUGAGGGGAGCUUCUAUGCGCUCAAGUGGGCCCUUGACCUUCUUCUUGUGGGGCCCAAGGACAACGCCGAUGAUGUGGCUACAAGCACAGGCACGGCGACCCUGGAAGCACCUCAUGCAGGGAGCCAUGAGAACGUGAGCAUGGUGACUCUGGUUUAUGUUAUGCAGCCGUUCCAGAACUACGUCCUCUCUGCUGCUGUGUCUGGUGAAUUGCGCAAGGAACAAGAAGAAAGGGCCACCGCUAUACUCGCCCACGCUUUGGAGAUUUGCAAGGAUAAGAAGAUCAAAGCCCAAACCCUAAUUCUAAGUGGAGAUCCGAAUGACAUGAUUUGUCAAGCCACAGAGCAGAUGCAUGUGGAUCUUUUGGUUGUAGGCAGCCGUGGCCUUGGCAUGGUCAAGAGAACAUUCAUAGGAAGCGUGAGUGACUACUGCGCACAUCAUGCAAAAUGCCCAGUUGUAAUUGUGAAGCCACCCAAGGAGUCUGGAAAGCAGUAGGUUUUUAUAUAUGAGAAAUAAAAUGUAUCAAUAAAUAACAGAUGGUGUGAAUUGAAAAUGUUCCUUUUCAUGUAAUCAUUACAAAUGCUUAUGUAGAAAACGCUUUUGCUCCCGUUUGGGAGUGCUUAUCUAGAAGCAGUUCUGCUCUAGAACCACUUUUAUUAUAAGCACAACAAAAAUUUUACU